AUGGAGUUGUGCACCGAGAAAAUUGCAAUGGAUACUGUCCAAGCAGUGGAAUCAUCACUUUUGGAACAGCAAGAGAGUAACAUCAGCUGGAUCACAGCUUUUACUGCAAAUCAGGAUGUGUUAGAAGAAGAUAUGAAGCACAUUAACAAUGUUUCCACGAACACCAUUUCUUGUGACGAGAUUGCACUUGCCCAAAGAGACGACACAGCAAUUAGCAAA